AUGAGACAGUGCAGUCAGAGAAACUUGACCACAUGAACCUCUGGGCACUCACCAGGGUAAAGGCACAACUCAGAGGCAGAGAAGACCCCGGGAGAGGUAAAGUGGGGAGGAAGAGGCCAUGUUCGGAAUGAAGACAAUUGCCCUUCUGCUCUCACUCCACAUGCAGCUUUCCAAGGCCUUUCCAGUACCAUCUGAAUCUCUAAAUGAGGAACAAAUAAAAACUGUUCAGCUUUACCUAGAGAAUUUCUACCAAUUACCAAGGGGUGAAUAUCGUUCUGAAAGGCAAAACAGCACAACUGUGAUUGUUGAAAAGCUGAAAGAAAUGCAGCGGUUCUUUGGGCUAACUGUUACAGGGAAGCCAAAUAAGGAAACUCUGGAAAUAAUGGAAAAGCCUCGAUGUGGAGUUCCUGAUCAGGGUGAUUUUAUGUUAACCCCAGGAAGUCCCAAGUGGAGAAACUCUAACCUGACUUACAGAAUUAUUAACUACACCCCACACUUAUCAAAGGCUGAUGUGGAAGCAGCUAUUGAGAAAGCCUUUCAAGUCUGGAGUGGUGCAUCACCCCUGACCUUCACCCAGCUCUCCCAGGGGGAAGCAGACAUCAAGAUUGUUUUUGCUCAUGGAGAUCAUGGUGAUAAUUCUCCAUUUGAUGGUCCAAACGGAGUCCUUGCUCAUGCCUUUCAGCCAGGUCAAGGCAUCGGAGGAGAUGUUCACUUUGAUGCAGAAGAAAUAUGGACCAAGACCUCUAGAAAUUACAACUUGUUUCUUGUUGCUGCCCAUGAAUUUGGCCAUUCCCUGGGGCUCGCCCACUCCUCUGACCCAGGUGCCUUGAUGUAUCCCAACUACGCUUUCAGCGAGCCCAGCAGUUACGCACUCCCACAAGAUGACAUCAAUGGCAUUCAGGCCAUCUACGGACCUUCAAAUAACCCUAUCCAACCAACUGGACCAAGUACUCCCGUAGCCUGUGAUCCCAGACUGGUCUUUGAUGCUGUUACCACACUCCGCGGAGAGAUAUUUUUCUUUAAAGACAAGUACUUCUGGAGAAGGCACCCUCAGUUACGAAUAGUGGACCUCAAUUUUAUUUCUCUAUUCUGGCCAUCCUUGCCAAGUGGCAUACAGGCUGCUUAUGAGGAUUCUGACAGGGACCUUGUUUUCCUAUUUAAAGGCAAGCAAUACUGGGCUCUGAGUGGUUAUGACAUUCAGCAAGGUUACCCCAAGGAUAUUUCAAAUUAUGGCUUUCCAAGCAGUGUCCAAGCAAUUGAUGCAGCUGUUUCCUACCAAAGAAAAACAUACUUCUUUGUAAACAACCAACUUUGGAGAUAUGAUAACCAAAGACAGUCCAUGGAUCCAGGUUAUCCUCAAAAUAUAGAAAGUGUCUUUCAAGGGAUAGGACACAAAAUUGAUGCUGUUUUCCAGCAGGAUGGCUUCUUCCUUUUCUUCAGUGGUCCAAGAUAUUAUGCAUUUAGUCUUCAUGCUCAAAGUGUUACUAGAGUUGACAGAAGCAAUAAAUGGCUGAACUGUAGACAAAGGUGAAGCUACAAAACAUGUUUGAUGUAAGGAUCCCAGUUCAAACCCUGGCUCCCCACCUGCAGAGGGGUCGCUUCACAAGCAGUGAAGCAGGUCUGUACGUGUCUUUCUCUCCCUCUUUGUCCUCCCACCCUCUCUACAUUUCUCUCUGUCCUAUCCAACAGCAACAAUAAACAACAAAGACAACAAAAGGGAAAAAAAUAGCCUCCAGGAGCAGUGGAUCCAUAGUGCAGGCACCGAGCCCCAGUGAUAACCCUGAAGGCAAAAUUUAAAAAAAAGUUUGUAUCCAUUUUCUCAAUGUAUAAAAGUAGUCUAGUUUACAUGUUCAUUAAUUGGGUCCUAUGAAUACUUUUAACAACAAUAAAUGAUAUUGAGAGCCA